GCCGAGUGUGCUGGGGAGCGGGGAGGCCGAAAAUACGGGUAACAGCUGUCCUCUGUGCUCGAAUUGCCUCUUAGUAUUACUUAUAGUCCUGUUGUACGCUAACUGCCAGAAUAAUCUGCCCCGUGCCACUCAGUGGCCCAGCGGAUUGACGGGCGUCGGCGUUCUGCUGCCGGUCAUUCAACCCCUGCUGGAGCGGACGGCGGGCGACAGUGUCGGCUUGAUAAGCUUAUCAUGGACACUUUGAAUACACUAAGAGAAAAGGUUUCAGCGAUUGUGGCGCUGAUGGACCAGUACCUGGAGCCGAUAGGCGGCGCCAGCGGCGCGGUGGCGCUGACCGCCGUGGCCGCCGCCGCCACCUACUACUACUCGCACCAGCCGACCCCGCUCACGCCUCUGGUGGACCUGGAGCUGCAGGCGGCAGAGGGGCCCGAGCUCGUGAGGAAGUCUCGCAUACCGUACGCCGGCGCCAAGGAUGGGCAGUACUUCAAGUACCUGGACGAGUCGUGCAAAACCAUGUUCGACGCCUUCCGACGGGGCGCUAAGCUGUCCAACAACGGUCCGUGCCUGGGCUGGCAUGAGGACAAGGACAAGCCGUACCAGUGGCUGGCCUACAACGAGUCGCUGCUGCGCGCCAAGAACUUCGCCGCUGGCCUGCUCGCUUCCGGUCUGAAGCCCGGCCAGGGCACCAACGUCGGCGUCUACACCCAGAACUGCCCCGAGUGGGUGCUCACCGAGCAGGGAUGCUACAGCUUCAGCAUGGUGCUCGUGCCGCUGUACGACACGCUCGGCGAGGACGCCUGCACCUACAUCAUCAACCAGGCCAACAUCUCGGUGGUGGUAGUGGACCAGGACGCCAAGGUGAGCACGCUGCUGAGCCAGCGACCGCGCCCGCUCACGCACGUGGUCAGCACGCGGCCUGUCAAGCCCGAGCUGGCCCAGCGCGCCAAGGACAUGGGCAUCAAGCUCUCCCGCUUCGCCGACGUCGAGAAGCUCGGCUCGGCCGCCAACAUCAAGGAGACGCCGCCGCGGCCUGAGGACCUGGCCACCAUCUGCUACACGUCCGGCACCACGGGCAACCCCAAGGGCGUGAUGCUGACGCACGAGAACAUCGUGGCCGACGUGGGCGCCGUGCUGCUCCAACUGGGUGACUGCAAGCCCGACCAUACGGACACGCUCAUCUCGUUCCUGCCGCUGGCGCACAUGCUGGAGCGGGUCUGCGAGACGGCGAUGUACAUGCAAGGCGGCUCUGUGGGCUUCUUCCUGGGCGACAUCCGGGCGCUGAUGGACGACAUGAAGCACCUCCGGCCCACGCUGAUGCCGGUGGUGCCGCGCCUGCUCAACCGUAUCUACGACAAGGUCUGGUCCAACGUGGCCGGCAGCAAGUUCAAGACCAAGAUGCUGCAGUGGGCGCUCACCGCCAAGGAGACUGAAAUCAAACGGGGCAUCAUCCGGAACGACUCGUUCUGGGACCGGCUGGUGCUGAAGAAGGUGCGGGACUCGCUGGGCGGCCGCGUCCGGCUGAUGGUCGUGGGCUCGGCCCCCAUGGCCGCCAACGUACUGACCUUCAUGCGCUCCGCCCUCGGCUGCACGGUGCUGGAGGGCUAUGGCCAGACGGAGUGCGUGGCGCCGUGCACGCUGACGCUGCAGGGCGACUGCCGGCCCGACCACGUGGGCCCGCCGCUGGCCUGCUGCGACAUCAAGCUGAUGGACGUGCCGGACAUGCAGUACUUCGCCGCCUCCAGCCAGGGCGAGGUGUGCAUUCGCGGCACGAACGUCUUCAAGGGCUACUACAAGGACCCGGAGAAGACCAAGGAGACGCUGGACUCGGACGGUUGGCUGCACACGGGCGACAUCGGCCAGUGGCUGCCCAACGGCACGCUGCGUAUCAUCGACCGCAAGAAGCACAUCUUCAAGCUGUCGCAGGGCGAGUACGUGGCGCCGGAGAAGGUGGAGAACGUGUACAUCCGGUCGCAGCUGAUUGCGCAGCUGUUCGUGCACGGCGAGAGCCUCAAGUCGUGCGUGGUGGCGGUGGUGGUGCCGGACGUGGAGGUGCUGAAGGCGUGGGCGGCCAAGCACGCCGUGCCCGGCACUCUCUCGGUGCUCUGCCAGAACGCCCAGGUCAAACAGCUCAUCCUGGACGACAUGAACCGGCUGGCCAAGGAGGCCAACCUCAAGAGCUUCGAGCAGGUCAAGGACAUCUACCUACACCCGGACCCGUUCAGCACGCAGAACAACCUGCUGACGCCGACGCUGAAGGCCAAGCGGCCCGAGAUCCGCAAGUACUUCAAGCCACAGCUGGACGAUCUGUACGUGAAGCUAGCGUGAGCGCCGCCGCCGGCGUAAUCUGGCGCUGUCAGUUGGCUGUCCCCUCGCUAGAUGGCAGCAGGUGGCCGGUUUGCGCAGCCACUCACGACCACUAGGUGAUAGUAUGCUAGCUGGGUUCUCAAGGCUCGGGAGUGCGGUGUGGAGUAAAUUAUUUGUUGUAGACUGGUUGUGCGUGGUGACCGCGUGGAGCUCACUUUGACUAGAUGUGCGCAUUUCUCUGCAUCAUCGACUGCAUAAUCUCCGAACGGGUGUGUGGAACUGGGAAUCUCGUUAUCGGAAAGACAGGCGAGGACGCGCGCUGGCGCCGAGCCGAGCCCCGGCUGAGCGUGAGAUCGGGCCCAGUCCGAAGACGGGACGAGUGAGCGCGUGAUGGCAGCAGAUGAGGCUGGCCGCGGGCGCAUGGCGUGUGGCCGGCCGGUGUGACGUGUACGAUGUGGGCAAGUGUGAUACGUGCGUGUGCGUGUGUGCGCGUGUGUACGCCUAUGGACAGUAUCAGCAGCAGGGUAAUGGCUCUGGCGGGGGUGCGUGGACAACUGCGUCAUGUCCCGCCCCGUUGCGGUGUGUGUCAUCUGCCUGUCGCCACGGGAUGCUGGCCUCAGCCAGAUCCACCUUGUGGCUCCUCCCCGCACCUCGUGACUCCCCCCUCGCGUCUGUGACUGAGAUCUUCGCUCCCUUAUUGCGUGUCCUGCGGGGAGGAAGCGUUAUGCGUCCCCCUGGAAGUACGCCCGGCGCGAGGAGUCCCGUGUCCCUCCCAGGGUGUCCCAGAAGAGGACCGUGUGCUUUCCCAUGGAUCCUCCGGCGCAGGACCUGCGUGUCCGCCUGCGGGUUACUCGCUGCGUGCGUGAUCUAGACGGGUUAGGCUGUUCAGUUGAUGCUUAGGACGAUGUUGGCCCGGUGGUUGCCGCCGCGACCUUCGCGCAUGUGAGUCUGCCGGACGCUGCUGCGCUGUCGCAUCGAGUGAACCCUGGUAGCGGGAGCGAAUCAGCAAUGUCAAACCGAAAUACCGCAGAGCACGAGUGUUCCGAAUUCACUUAACAUGCGUCGUUCAUGUCAGGAACAUUACUGUCCGUGCAAUAAAGUACUAUCCUACA